AUGAGCUUCGAAGGAAAAUGGGUUUUGGACAAAAGCGAAAACUUCGACGAGUACAUGAAGGAAGUUGGAGUUGGCCUCAUCACCCGUACCGCUGCAGCUCAUCUUAAGGUCAACCUUGAGGUUAAGAAGGAGGGAGACAAGUGGAUCUUCCAGCAAACGUCAACCUUCAAAAACUCUACCCUUGAGUUUAAACUCGGAGAGGAAUUCGAAGAGACAACUCCUGACGGUCGAAAGUUCAAGGCUAAGAUUGUCCUCGUAGAUGGAAAACUCGUUCACAAGCAGACACCUAUCAAGAGCGAUGACAAGCCGUCAACGAUCACUCGUUGGGUGGAGAACGAUCGCCUGAUCACGACGUUGGAGUCAGGAAAUGUGGUGUGCCGUCGAGAAUACGUUCGUCAGUGA